AUGUCCUCUCAACACUUCGACUUGGAGGUCGGCGAUGAUUUCGAUUUCGAUCAUGUGGACCAGGCUGAUAGCAAAUUCUCCGACAUUGACCCGUCUCUGGAUGCAUGGGAUGGGGGAAUUUCCAUCCCCAUAAACAUGCAGACACAACCGAUAGCAUUCCCCAGGGACCGACCUCGGAUCACGGCCAGUGAACCUGAAAUCGCAACGGACAUACUUGACCUGGGAAUGGUCGUUGGCGCUGCCCAAGAUGUUGAUGCCGCUACUGGCCCAGCGGGCACUUCAGAUUUUGGUACGUCUCGCACCCGCAUCGCACAGCCCCUGCCAGCACUCGAACUCCAACCAGUUGAGCACUGGAAUAUUGACGAUGAACUUGCCAGCUUCAUGGCAACAAGUCAAAUUGCAAACCGGAUUCCAGUGCAGCUCGGCAAUGGGAACUUUGCUUUCAAUCUUAGAAAUAGCCCCAUCUCGUCCGCCGAACUAGCACAAAGCCUCCUACCCCCUCCUCAUGGCCGUCCCCUCCACAAAUUGAGGCGUGGCCGUGGCCAAAAUGGGUUGAGGGAUGACCCUAAUGAGUUCUACUGGCGACUUCCGGGGCCUCCUCCAUCGUGGGCUCAUGGUCGCAGUGCCUUCCACUAUACUUGUGAGGGGGAGCUCAAUCUCGUCUACAAGUUUGGCGAAGUGGAAUUCCUGGACUACCUGACACAGCCCGAGCUUGUGCUUCUCAUCCAGAGAACCCCUACACUACACAAUCAUCGCUAUCCCAAUCAGCUCUUGUCGCCCAAGUGUAGAUUUCGCCAAUGCCGCGCCUUAUACCACACCAUCAACCGCGGUGAGUUCCGCGUUGCCCUCAGCGAGCAUCCCUUCUUGUACGGCGGCAUGCUUAACCCUUUUCACUGCGCCGGGUAUGUGCAUCUCUACUGCCUAGAGUCCACACUGGGAGUUGCCAGAAUGGUAGAGCUCCAUGAUCAGAAUAGAUUGGUGGUUCACACCCAUACUCUUCCCCUGGAGGACAAAGACCCGAUGUACAUCAUGGGGGUGCCGGGUGAGGCUGGCCCAUACAACCGCUACAUCAAGUGGUUCGAUCUUGCCAAGAGCUGGCUUAACAACAGUCUCCAUGAGCCGAUAGAAGGCGACAAAACGCUCAAUUGGUACAUGACCAAGGGGGUGGUUGAGUCGCAACUCCCCUUCCAACACAGACGACGUCAAAAACGCCAGUUGGCCGAUUUUGCCAAGCACAUGGGUAACCCAGCAGAGAAGAUCCGCCUAAGGUGCGCAAACAAGGCGGCGAAGGCUGGCAGCCCGCGACAAGAGGAGGCCCACGGCAGGGCCCAGGCCCAAGAGAGUUCGUGGGGCGGUUCCAGGAGCCGCUCAAGGUCGCCGGUCCGUGAAACGGGACGAACGUUCGACCAUCGACUGCGUGACGAACCGCCGUUGGGACAACCUGAGAACGACAAUAACUACGAUGAUGAUGAGGACGACGAGAAAUAUGGGUUGAAUGCUCACUAG